AACACAAAAAAGGUCAAUCUCAAAAUCUAGUGUUAAAUCUAGGAUACUAGUAGGCCUAUAUUUAGGAGCGUCUCCUUAACAGUGCGUGUCAUGUGUACUCUAAGAAAGAAAUUGCUACAUUAAACAUACAUUCAUUGCGACUAUUAAGUAAGGAAGAUCUAGGAAUCUGUACUAUAGUACUGUACCCAUAGACAACAAUAAAAUUAAGAAGAAAAAUCUUAUAUGUACCGAAAUCAAACUAUGUGUUCACGAAUACAUGUGUUGAAUAAAUUAAAAGAUUAUUCAGCGUGCACUACAAUGCCUAAAUUGUGCGUGCCAUUUCAUGUUCAUUAUCGGCAAACCAUCAAAAAGCAACUCCACCUGACUAUGACCAAAAAUGUUAAUGCCUUUUUUUCUGUCAACAAAUUGCAUUUUAUCAAUGCAUGCAAACGUUUUCAAAAGUAAACAGAAAAUUUAUUGGAAAAAAAAUUCAAUAAAGUAAAGCAGUGGCUCUAUAGCUUACAUUAUUACAACAAAUUGAUCCAUCCAAGCUUUUCGACGAGCUGAUUCAACACUCAUAUGUAGGUCUCCUUCGCGAACAAAGAAAUAUUACUUAAGACCAUUGAAAACCUUCUACCGUCUGCACAAUUCACAGUGAUGUUGUACGAAAUGACCGACUUGCAAAUUCAUUCAGCUAUAGCCCCACGUAGAAUCAAUGCUUCCAAUGCUCCCCGUCAUCUGUAUGUUAUUUUUUUUUUACGGCAGAAGAAUUCUUUGUCCAAGCUUUAAAAGUUUUUUCUGAACAAUGUAUUGAUGUGGCAGUUCUGCGUGAAUCGAUAACAGACUUUAAAUCAUUAUUUAAAUUGUUUGAAUCUUCCGCUGUACAUUUGAACUUUUCAGACUUACUGGUUAUGGGUGUUUGUUACCGUUUUGUGUCUGUUUCUGAAGUUCUCUAAGGAAACAAGUUUCUCAUCGUCUGCGCAUGCGAAGAUAUCUGCAGUAGCUGCUGCUGUUUAUUAGUAACGGAUACUUUUAUGUUUGAAACCUCUUUACGAGAUAUCUAGAAAUGCUGACGGAACUCUCUUUAACUUAGCUAUCAGAAGGUUCGGACGACAUGACAGCUCAGUAUGACUGGCAAGCCAACAAAACGUUAGCAGAGUGUAACCGACACAUGUUGAUCAAUGAGAUCGCGUUCGAUGUUUUUUUCUUGGUCGGAGAAAGUCGCCAAAUGGUCGGGGCCCAUCGAUAUGUCCUGGUCAGUCGUAGCUGUGUAUUUUACGCUAUGCUUAUUGGACCGAUGGCAGGAAAAGUGGACGAGAAAAUAGCCAUCCCAGAUAUAGAAAACGACAUUUUUCAACAUAUGUUAGAGUACAUAUACAGCGAAGAUACAAAAGUGGAUACAACGAAUGCGAUACAAAUUCUGUACUCAGCACGAAAGUAUGGCAUAACUGGACUCGAAGAAAAAUGUCGGCGUGUAUUGGAACACGGACUUACAACAAGCAAUGUUUGCAACAUCCUUCAUGAGGCGGACAAGUUUGAUGAAUUGACAUUGAAAAACAAGUGCAUGGAAUAUAUUUGGCAUCAACCAAAAGAUAUUCUUCGCUCAAGCAGCUUUGGGAAUCUUUCAGCCACUCUAGUCAAGGAGAUUAUUCAAUCGGAUAAAUUGGAUGCAAAAGAGGAAGUGGUGUUCGAUGCGGCGUUACGGUGGUCCGAACAAGAGUGUUUAAGGAAUGGCGUGAUUGUUUCUCCGCAAAACCAGCGACGGUAUCUUGGUGGAAUCUUGUAUUAUAUUAGAAUACCAGCACUGGAGGCUAGUUAUUAUGCCAAAACUGUGGUUAAAUCCGAUAUUUUAACAACAGAGGAAAGGAAAAACUUACAGAAUUACUUUAGUGGUGUAAACAAAGAUGUGAAGAGGUUCAGGACAGACAAAAGGUCAAAGGGUGAAAACCAAACGCUCCACUGGAGGUUUGGUCCUGUAAACUGUAUGCACAACGAAACCACUGCCAUAGCGUUUUCGUCAUCGCGAGAAGUGUUUAUAGAUGGCGUUGAAAUAGAUGGAACCGGAUAUGACGAAGAACACUAUGACGUAUUUUUGAACGUUUACGACAUGGACAAUCAGGAAAAGGCAAAAUGCAAAGAAAGGCUUGUGAUCAACAAAAAGAAACAAACGUACCAAAUCAAAUUUUCCUCUCCACCUGUGGUGUCAAAAGGGUUUACUUAUACAGUCAUACUUAAGAUACAAGCCGAGCAUAGAUAUUAUGGCGCUAGUGGUCGCUCAAACUUGAACAAGACGGACUCGCAACCGGCUUACAUAAACCCUGAAGGUGAAUUUACAAGACGUGUUGUGAAAAAAGACCAGGUACCCGCCAUUCUUGUCCGGCCAUUUGUAGAUUCCUGAUGAAACAUUUAACGAUCGAUGGGCAGCUAUAAAUGUGUUAUCAUUAAGGUGGCUUCAGCUUGUUUCUCAAAUCAGCAGACACUACUUGAUUAAAGAUAGCAUGAUGCAUAAGAAGUGUGUAAUUCAAAUAGGCCAAAACAAGCAAUUUGGGGGUAGGGUGGGGUUGGGUCGGUUAUGAUUUUCAAAAAUUUUAUUCAGUAAAUAUGAACAAAAGCUGAUGGCGGAUUUGAACUUGGGAUCUGCGGUUCACAAACCUGUCACUGAAACUACUGAUGAUAUUCAACCAAAUCGAUUGAUACUAACAAUUUCACAAAACGUUUUAAUUACCAUCUUGGGAUUUUGUGUCAUAAAAAGUAUAAGCAUUGGUGUACUGAGCUACCUUAAACAUCUGCUACACGUAUGUCAAUGAAGCAACAUUGUUUUCGCCGAUCGUAAAAAAAGCUCAACUCGUACCCUCUGGGUUUCAUUUUCACUUAAAAACAGCAAUGAAUACAUAAUGGUCAUUUUCGAACUUAUAUAUUCACAUGUACGUGUAUACGUAUAUGUCAAAGAGUGAACAGUCAUUAUCUUUACUUAAAAGCAGAUAUUUAUACAUUUCAAUAGUAUAUAUUAAUAUAUUUAUAUUUUACAUGAAAUGCAAUAUUAUGUCCCUUUGUCUAGUAUUACAGUUUUUACACGUCUUUGUACAAUAAGUGUUCUAAAUAAAAUGUUAUUUAUUCAU